AUGUCGUCAAAGCCAUCUCCGUUCUACGUGUACUCGCUUCCCGCCACACUCCUCGCGUCUCUAACCCCGACCUCGUUCUCAACAUCCUACAACCCCGAACCAGCAGAGGAGACAAUCUCGCUGACGCCAGCAUCGGAUCCGGUUCCGCAGAGUUUCAACACGCCUACUUCGGGUCGGUGCAAUACCUGUGAUUUGGAUACGGAGUCGCUUGAGGAUCAGCGGGCGCAUUUUAAGAGCGAUCUUCAUAGGUUUAAUGUGAAGAGGAAGAUUGCAGGGCAGGAUGCUGUCGGACAAGCUGAGUUUGAGAAGUUGCUAGAUGAACUCGAAGAGUCGAUUUCAGGAUCAGAUUCAGACUCGGACGACUCGGACGUCGACAAAGUCAGCGCUCUAUUCGGGAAGUCCUCUCUAGCAGCAGUUCCAGAAGACGAAACCGAGCAAGCAAAAGUGCACAAAUCUCCUUUUCACACAUUCGAUAGCCCACUUCUACCGUCGGACGAAGUGCUCGCCAUUUACAAAUGUCUGUUUCCGGCUGAAAGCUCCGAUGAAGGACUGGAGCUGAUUAAGAAGCAGCAGUUUACUAGUGACGAGGCAAAGGGGAAGGAGACGCCUGUUAGUGCGAUUUUUAUGCUUGGAGGUGGACAUUUUGCGGGAGCUGUGAUUUCGCAUACACAAAACAUGGCGAAGAAAAAUGACCCGGUGACGGUGCUUCUACAUAAAACCGUUCACCGCUAUACUACACGUCGCAAACAGGGAGGUUCACAGUCUGCGAAUGAUAAUGCGAAAGGAAAAGCCAGUUCUGCGGGAUCAUCAAUCCGAAGACACAACGAGGCGAUGCUUGAGAAAGAAGUUCGCGAGCUGCUCGAAGAGUGGAAGCCAUAUCUCGACCGUGCAAGCCAUAUCUUCAUACGCGCAAACGGACGGCAAAAUAGAGGUGUGUUUUUUGGAUAUGAAGGCGCGGUUUUGAACUCGAGAGAUAGCAGGGUGAAGGGCAUUCCGUUUACGACGCGACGCGCGACAGGUGACGAGGUUAAGCGCGUCUGGGGCGAGCUCACGCGACCGCGGAUUGCGAAACGGGAGAUGUUUAUGCCGAAACCAGUUAGCAAGCCAGUCGUGGCUCCAGCAGCAACCGCAGCUACUGCUGCUGAGAAGAAGGAGCCGGAAGAGAAGGAGCUGACGCCGGAGGAGUUGCAUACGAUGCAGAUUGUCGCGAUGGUCAAAAAAUCACGCUUGAAUCCGCUGGGAUCGUAUCUGGCGGCGAACAAGCUAACCGCCGACUUCAGGUUCGAGCCGGCGGCGCAGUACCACCACACGCCUACUGCUCUACAUUUGGCGGCAUCGCUGUCGCUGCCGAGGAUGGUGACGUAUUUACUGAUUACAGGCAAGGCGGAUCCUACGAUCAGCAGCGAGGAAGGGAGAACAGCAUGGGAGCUGAGUGGUGACCGGGCGACCAGAGAAGCGUUUAGGUUGGCACGUGGAGAGCUUGAAGGCAAAAGCUCAUGGGACUGGGCCAAGUCCGGAGUGGGCUCGGCGCUGACGAAGCGAGACAUUGCUGAGCGCGAAGCCAAGGAGAAAGCAGAGCUUGCCUCCGAGCGCGCCGAGGCGGUUCGCAGGCUCGAGCAGCAGCAGCAGCAGAAGCAGCAGCAGCAGAAGACGGCAACCGCAGGAGGUAAAAAACUCGCCAGCUCGGUGGUGACGGGGGUGAGCGCGAACGAGCAGCUUUUAGCCGGGCUCACGCCAGAGGCGCGGAUGCGGAUCGAGCGCGAGCGGCGGGCGCGGGCGGUGGAGGCGCGCAUGGCAGCCGCUCGACGACAAUAG